AUAAAAGUGACUGUCACUGGACCCCAGACACGGAGCAAGUCCUGGACUCAACAGCAGGACAGCCAGGCAGACACGCAGUGGCAAUGAACAUUCAGAUCCAGGCUGCCUGCCUCCUGCUCCUCCUCCUCGCCAGCCUGACCAGCGGCUCGGUCCUCCCCCACCAGACAAAACAGCUUGCAGACCUCCAGGCCCAGGACUCAGCUGAAGCCAAGGCCAGCUUGACGUCUGUGAUCCAGAGGCGAAGGAGCCGAGACACCCACUUCCCCAUCUGCAUGUUCUGCUGCGGCUGCUGUCACAGAUCCAAGUGUGGGAUGUGCUGCAAGACAUAGAGCCCCCCGCCCCCACCCUGGCCCCCCUUCCUUAUUUAUUCCUGCUGCUCUCCAACGCGAGCUGAAAGGUCUUGAAAUAAAAUGGCUGGUUCUUUUAUUUUCCAAACUAGAGUGUCUGUUGUUCCUUCUUCCUGCCAAGGGUCUAUGCCAGAGGCUUGGGCCAGUACUUGGUGGGCUGUGUUGGGGGUUGCAGGAAGUUUAAUGAAGCAAAUUUGUUUUCUCUUCUUUCUCCCUUCAAAAGUCUUGGAAUUCACCUUGCAACAGCAGGGGAUAAACAUUUUAAAGUUUCCUUUCCUUGAAGCCUUAUUAAAACAGGUAACAAACUCAAAUGCUUAGCAAGAGUGUUCCAAGUGAGAUCCAGGAACCCCUCCCAGGGAUCCACAGAGUGGAAACUACUAAGACGCUACUUGCUGUUUUCACUCUCAUUCACUGUCAUGAGCAUACAGUGGAGUUUUCUAGAGGCUACGUGACACAUGAUGACAUUAUCACGGAUGGCCUACCCAUUCUGUGCUUGUGUAGCUUGUCCUUCCAAAUGUUCCCAGUUUCAACUUCUAUAUGUUAAACAACUAUAGAUAUUACUCACUUAAAAGAAUUUGGGGUCCUCAAUAAUUUUUAAGAGUGUAGAGGGGUUCUGUAGACCAAAAACUUUGAGAACCACUGAACUUUGGGGACCAGACAGGCACAGUAAAUGAGUGAGGCAUGCUGGCUUUGUUAAAUAAGAGUAUCUUAAGUUACGGUCUCUCAACAAGGAUUCACUUUGCAUACGAAAUGCAUAAGAAUAUUCUCCACUUCCACCAGGAAUUAAGUUCUCCCCUGUUGUUGAAAACUGUACACCUCUCUCUCUGAUUUUCCCACUUCUGAGAAAAGCUGAGGUGCAGGAAGUAUUUCAUUUUCUUCUUAGCGCGCAAGAAAACAACAGCACUGGUGUGAUGAUAAUGAGCAUCAGCCACUUGACCUCAAUGUUGGGUAUCAACUAGGAGCGGUGUGGUCUGGAGCCCCAUCUGAAGGGGGUUCCAGGAGAUCGCUUCCAUGCCCAAAGGCACGCCCAACGUGGCUAGAGAUUCUGGUUUUUCAAGUGAAUGGUAAUCUAAUUUUGAUGUGAAAUUUCCUAAUUUUUAAAAAUAUUGGCAACUGAUAAAGGUAUUUGUUUUUUAAAUCAAUACUCUGUGGGCCAAAAUAAACCCAACUGGGAGCCUAGUUAGUCUUGUACACAGGAGCUGGGAGCCCGAUCAGUCUCACACACACUGACGGAGAGCACAGUCAGUCUCAUAACACUCACUGGGAGCCCGAUCACUCUUGCACACACUAACGGGGAGCACAGUCAGUUUUGUACACAACUAGGAGCCUGGUCAGUCUUGUACACAAUGAUUGGGAGCCUGGUCAGUCUCAUACACACUGUCUGGGAGCCUGCUCAGACUCGUAGCACCAACUGGGAGCUAGAUCACUCUUGUACACACUGACGGGGAGCCUAGUCAGUCUUGUACACCACCUGAGAGUCAAGUCAGUCUUGUACACACCACCUGGGAGCCCAGUCAGUCUUGUACACACCACCUGGGAGCCCAGUCAGUCUUGUACACACCACCUGGGAGCCCAGUCAGUCUUGUACACACCACCUGGGAGCCCAGUCAAUCUUGUAUACACCACCUGGGAGCCCACUCAGUCUUGUACACAGUGACUAGAAGCCCAGUCAGUCUUGUACACAGUGACUAGAAGCCCAGUCAGUCUUGUACACACCACCUGGGAGCCCAGCCAAUCUUUUGCAUACCAACUAGGAGCUUAGUUGGUCUUGUACACACCACCUGGGAGCCCAGUCAGUCUUGUACACACCACCUGGGAGCCCAGUCAGUCUUGUACACAGUGACUAGAAGC